GAUCACCAGUAACCGUCACAAUGACAUCGGCGGUGGAAGUCCCACUGUGCGAGCCGCAUAUUUUCAACGAUAUCCAAACCAAUGCAAGAUUAUUUGGAGGAAUGCCAAUUGCUAUUUUUGGCAUCAUCACUAAUACUAUCAACAUUGCCGUCUUUGUCGAUCCAGAAAUGCGAUGCUCACUUGUCAAUCACUUUUUGCUGGUGCUUUCCAUAUCCGAUCUGCUUCUUUUAUUAUGCAACUUCUUCAUGCUGAUAUUUCCCGUCAUUGCGUCGAUGAGUAAUUCAGUCUCUCUACACGACUCAUUUCCUCUAAUUUUAUGGUAUGCUUACCCUAUUGGUCUAAGCACUCAAACGUGCGGUGUUUAUCUGACUGUUCUGGUAUCGGUGCAUAGAUACCUUGGUGUUUGCCAGCCGUUUCGCGCAAAGCGAUGGGUUAGCGGUACCCCUGUAAAGUGUGCCAUACUCGGAUCGGUAAUAUUCAGUAUUCUAAUCAAUAUCCACACCUGGUUGGAGCUGGACAUUGCACAGUGCCUUUCCGCAGAAUUCAACGUCAGAGUUCGGAGCAUCACAUUGACAGAGCUAAAAUCUAACAAAACCUAUAAUAUCGUCACGAGGUGUAUACUAUACACACUUGUAAUGUUCGUCAUCCCUUUCGUGACGCUAAUCAUGGUGAAUUGGCGGAUCAUUGUUGCUCUUAAGCAAAGCACGGCGAUGCGGGAACGUCUGUCCACACAAAAAUCAACGCAAGCACCCCCUAUUGUCAAUAAUUUUCGACUACUGAAGAAUGCGAAAUACUCCGAACUUUUCGGCAAGUUCGGAAAGCUUGGUUUCAAUCCACUUCGCACUCCAGCGAUUGCCAAAGGAGGAUCUGUUAGGGAUCGAAGCGUUACGCUCAUGUUGUUGGCCAUUGUCGCAAUAUUCUUGUGCUGUAAUUGUCUCGCUUUCUGCAAUAACAUCUACGAAAUCGUACGAGAUGCUCGAGCACACAUCGAGAGCGAAAACAACUCGACUCAGAUUGUGUCUCCAAAGGAUGAAGUGGAUCACAGCCAGGACAUCUUCGAUUUCUCAGUGGAAUUGAGCAAUAUCCUCAUUUCGCUCAACUCUUCGUCUUCCAUAUUCGUUUACUUGGUUUUCAGCUCAAAAUAUCGUUCUAUCGUGAAGCAUUGCCUUGGAUUAGAAAAACGAAAGAAGAUUAAUGGAGUGGCAUUAACAGCAGCUAUGGCUGCAAGAAGGGCUUUGGAACUCUCGUUCCUUCCAGAUGAGGUUGAAGCCCGUCGUAAGAGGCGAGAAGCAGCAGAGGAACGCCAACGUCAGAGACGAGCAAAACUCGUACGCGGCAUUACUAUAGAACCGGGUGCUGCGGGUGCAGUGCCUCCUCCGGAGGAAGUGGAGGAAGAGUCUCAUGAUCCCACUCGAGUAAGCUCAAAACGAAAGCUGUUGCGCUUCGCCUCUGAGUAG